CCCAUGACAGUUUAGUGACUCCCCCCAUUUUGGUCUCUUGUACUCAUGUCUGCAGCAGAUGCUGUUCUGAGUUUGUUGAACUAUCAGAUCUGGAACUACAUGUCAGGGAUUGCUCUCCCAAUCAUUUAGUCCUGAUCGUCAAUGAUAAUGAAGAUCCAGUGUCGUCUGCUGAAAUAUUCCAUCUAGCCUUGUCGCCUCGUAAAGCAGUGGAACCAGGCGAAACAGUCAACAACUCUGAAAUGGAAGAGUGCGGUGAUCUGUCGGAGGAGAAGUCAGAAGUGAAGGAAGAAUCCAUGAAUGUUUCAAGAACUAAGAAUAGCCAUUGCCGACUAGAUAGCCCCAGUAGCAUCAGUAGCAGCCGGAAAAGCAGUACUGACAGCAAGACUGACAUUGUUUCAUGUACCUCAGUUCUCCCAAUUUCACUCCCUCAACCUGGCAGCGAUCUGUUGGAACAUCAGGGGACAUUCUCAUGGUUCAACAGCAAUGUCAUCAUUGAAAACCUAGAAAGCACUAAAGUGGCAGUGGCCCAGUUUCCCCAGCAGAGCCGAUCGGACACCGGCAGCAGUGGCAGCAGUAAGAUGGCUGUCUCAUCUCUGAUGGAACAACUCCUUGCCUUGCAGCUGCAUCAGAUUCACCAGCUGCAGCUGAUUGAUCAGAUUCGUCACCAGGUCUUACUAUUUGCUUCCCAGAGGUCUGAGGUAUCAGAGACACUGACACAAACACCCAUCAGCUGCCCUCAGGUUAGUCUAGCAUCAACGCAGGCCAGCCAGUUGACAACCCUCAGUUCCCAUCUCUCCCAGCAGCUAGCUGCAGCUGCUGGGUUAGCCCAGAGUCUCGCCAGCCAGUCUGCCAGCAUCGGACACUUUAAACGAUUAACAGCAAAAGUACAAUUACCACAGAGCCCCUUUGGAAGGAGUAUUGUACACUCUAGCACUGAACCCUUGCAAAGUAUACGUAAACACAUAGCUUCAGCAGUUAGCAAGCCCCACUCUAGAAAGAAGUACACUCAUGCUAGCGGUCUGUACCCUCAACUCAAUUUUUCAGCCCAAACCAUAAGGAACUCACCGGCACUUGGCACAGGUAGCUUGCUAAACCGAUCAAAUACACCACGUCUACCUCAGCCACCACCCAGCAAUCAAACACUCUCUAGCGCUGGACCAAGCAUUGGCACAAUUGUGCAGGACCUGAAUGCCUUAAAGGCGCUAGCCGGACAAAGGAAAGGAAAACCAUCCAAUGUGACUUCUUUCGAACCUAAAAGCUCUUCCAAAGAGGCCUUCUUUAAACAUAAAUGCAGGUUUUGCGCUAAGGUUUUUGGGAGUGACAGUGCCUUACAGAUCCAUUUGCGAUCCCACACUGGGGAGAGGCCAUACCUGUGCAACAUCUGCGGGAAUCGUUUCUCCACCCGUGGGAACUUGAAGGUACACUUCCAGCGGCACAAAGAGAGGUUCCCCCAUAUCCAAAUGAACCCUUACCCUGUUCCAGAACACCUGGACAACAUCCCAACCAGCACAGGAAUCCCUUAUGGCAUGUCUAUACCACCAGAAAAAACAGUUACAUGCUGGCAGGAUACUAAACCAUCCCUAGCCACCUUGACUACUUCUGUCGGCCUGUUGCUCCAAACUGGAUCACCCAACUUACCCUUUCUCAUCAAGAAAGAGGAGCAGCCUGUUUCAAUAACUGCAUAUUCCAGUCCAGUUGUACGUGAUUCAUCUAUUGCAGUAAAGAGCGUAGACUUGAUAGAGGCUGGAAAAGUCCCAAAGUUCCACACCAUGAAUCUGAAAACAGACAACGUUAUACCUCCCUUGACCUUUAGCUCGAAGAUGAGCUCCACAACAGAAAGAUCAGCUGACUAUGUAUCCGUCAAUGUCACUUCCAUCAGCACAAAUCCCAUCAAGUUGGAGCAGUUCAAGACCAAACAUCCCUUCAGAGGAGGAGUCCUUGAUCCCAUGCAGACAUCAGAGACCUUGAAACUCCAGCAGUUGGUUGAGAACAUUGACAAGAAGGUGACAGACCCCAAUGAGUGUGUCAUUUGCAACCGCAUACUCAGUUGUCAGAGCGCCCUCAAGAUGCACUACCGCACCCACACAGGAGAGCGGCCCUUCAGAUGUAAAGUGUGCGGACGGGCGUUCUCCACCAAAGGGAACCUGAAUACGCACCAUGCGGUUCAUCGCACCACACCGUCACUGAGGGUCCACCACUCCUGCCCUAUCUGCCAGAGGAAGUUCACUAACGCUGUUGUCCUUCAGCAGCACAUCCGUAUGCAUAUGGGUUGCCAGAUUCCCAACACCCCUCUCUCUGAACAGAACUACCCAAUGUCAAUGGAGUCUGAUGGAGGUUCAAUAGAUGAGACGAAAUUAGAAAAGUUGGAGAACCCUUCUGAUGAUUUAGACUUCAAUGACAGUGAGAUCGCAGGCAUGUCUAGGUUUAAUAACUCCUUGUCCGGCAGCAUGUCUUCCUCUCCAUCUGAUAGUACAGGAGCAGGCUCCUCUGAUCCCGAAAGGACAACUAACUAUCAUAGACCAGUGGAGGAGAAGCAGGUCAACUGGUUUAAGACAAAGGUCUAUGACUCGUCAUCUCUUGGAGGUGACCGAAGUGGUGGGAGCCUUGCUGUUUCUGAGAAUACCGUUGACAAGCAGUCUCUUUCCCAAAGCAAGGGUGUUCCAGUAUGUUCUAGCCCCACAAGCUUUGAGGAAAUGUACCAGAAAGCUUUAUCCCAGGCACAUAUUAAUCCAAACCUUUUGCAGUUCACUGCCACUGGUCCACUGGUGUCCCUUAACCAUCUAAAAUCUUUAAACCCACUGAAGGAUCCCACUAACAUGGUCUACACUUUCCGUGAACAACUAGGCAUAUUCAAGAACACUGAAUGUGAUAUUUGUGGUAAGACCUUUGCCUGCCAAAGUGCCUUGGACAUCCAUUAUCGAAGCCAUACCAGGGAGAGACCAUUUAUUUGUACAGCUUGCAACAGAGGGUUUUCCACCAAGGGGAACCUCAAGCAGCACAUGCUAACACAUCAGCUGAGGGACCUGCCAUCCAAGUUGUUUGAGCCCACCACUCCCAGCAUUGCCUCAUGCCCCAACAACUCUGUACAUCCUCUGAGCACCCAAAUGAUCAAGACAGAAGUGAACAGAUUCCUGGGUAGUGCCCGUUAUGGGGUACCAAGGGAUCUUCUAGGCAGUUUGCAUUUGAGGACGUCCUCUGCCUCUUCCUCCCCAGCGCUUGCCACCCCGCCACCUCGACGGACUCCCAAGCAGCAUUACUGCCACACUUGUAGGAAAACCUUCUCUUCUUCUAGUGCCCUGCAAAUCCACGAGAGGACUCACACUGGGGAGAAGCCGUUUGCCUGCACUGUCUGUGGUCGGGCAUUCACCACCAAAGGAAAUCUGAAGGUCCAUAUGGGAACUCACAUGUGGUGUAGCACCCCCACCAGGCGAGGACGCAGACUGUCUGUGGACGGACCAUUGAUGUUUAUGGGAACUCAUCCUGUGAAGCUACCAGAGCCUCCCCAGAGGCCAGACAUUAGGUCCAGUAAUGGAGACUCCUUUUUUAUCUGGAACCACUGUACAGACACCUUCUCUAAGAACUUGGCCAUGAGGACCAGUGAUAUCUCAGUCGGAGGUGGGCCUCACCUCUCUGGACCAAUGGGGCAUGGGGCCAGCUCACCCAUAGGGGUCGUAAAUGUCGGUCGGGACAAAUUUCACCAUACAGAACACAAUGCUGCUCUUGCGCUGCCUGGUAAAGAUGAUGCCAAAAGAGCGACUCACUUCUGUUUCACUCGUUUGAUAGAAGAGAGGAAGGAAAUGAUUACAAAUUAAAGAGUCUGAAUAUUAUCUUAGGAGGAAAUUAACUGCGAUGUUGGAAUAAACAGAGUUCUUUGGAGUUUGUAUAUAAAUGAUAAUAACCUUAUUUGGAGUCAAGUGGCUAGGAAAGUCUCUCUGAUUUUCAGUGUGCUUAUUAGAGUUGGACUCAAUUUUUAUUACUUAUUCACAUGGGUAUAGUAGCCUACUGGUUGCGUACAGAUGUAGGGUCUUAAUUUGAGCCAGUUUGCUUCCUGCAGCAACAGGAAAUGUGGAUUAUAAUUCAUGGACAUUUUUGUAGGGGUUGAUAGGGCAAAAACGUUCAAAUAGCUCUUCGUUAACUGUUGCUUGGUGUUAUCAACCUUCAUCAGCACCGGCCUGUACCCUACCUGGCCUAAGCUCUCUCCUGGCCCCUUACACUAAG